ACGCGCCGGGCGCAGCGAGCGCAGCGGAGCGGCCACCCCGGGCUCGGCUCCCCGCGCCCUCCCCGCGCCCGCAGCCCCGGCGAGCGGCUCGCCGUUCCGCCGGUGCGAUGCUGCUGCCGCUCGCCGUGCUGCCCUGCGCCUUCGUCCUGCUGCGAGCCGCAGCCUCUCUCCAAGUGGACAUUGUUCCCAGCCAGGGGGAGAUCAGCGUUGGAGAAUCCAAGUUCUUCUUAUGCCAAGUGGCCGGGGAGGCCAAGUUCAAGGACAUCUCGUGGUUCUCCCCGAACGGGGAGCGGCUCAGCCCCAACCAGCAGCGCAUCUCGGUGGUGCGCAACGAUGACUUCUCCUCCACGCUCACCAUCUACAACGCCAACAUCGACGACGCCGGCAUCUACAAGUGUGUGGUCAGCAGCCCCGAGGAGGGCGACUCCGAGGCCACGGUCAACGUCAAGAUUUUCCAAAAGCUGAUGUUCAAGAACGCUCCCACCCCUCAGGAGUUCAAGGAGGGGGACGAUGCUGUGAUCGUGUGUGACGUGGUCAGCUCUCUGCCCCCCACCAUCAUCUGGAAGCACAAAGGCAGGGAUGUCAUCCUAAAAAAGGAUGUGCGCUUCAUCGUCCUGUCCAACAACUACCUGCAGAUCCGGGGCAUCAAGAAGACAGAUGAGGGCACCUACAGGUGUGAGGGGAGGAUCCUGGCCCGAGGGGAGAUCAACUUCAAGGACAUCCAGGUCAUCGUGAACGUGCCUCCCUCGGUGCGUGCCAGGCAGAGCACCAUGAAUGCCACUGCCAACCUCAGCCAGUCUGUCACCCUGGCCUGUGAUGCUGAUGGCUUUCCCGAGCCCACCGUCACCUGGACCAAGGAUGGAGAGCCCGUGGAGGAGGUGGAGGACGAGGACAAAUACAGCUUCACCUCGGAUGGCUCCGAGCUGACCAUCCACAGGGUGGACAAGAGUGACGAGGCCGAGUACAUCUGCAUUGCUGAGAACAAGGCUGGCGAGGCCGACGCCACCAUCCACCUCAAAGUCUUUGCCAAACCCAAAAUCACCUACGUGGAGAACAAGACAGCCAUGGAGCUGGAGGAUCAGAUCACGCUGACCUGCGAGGCCUCGGGGGACCCCAUCCCCUCCAUCACCUGGAGAACCUCCAGCAGGAACAUCAGCAGCGAGGAGAAGGCUUCGUGGACCCGGCCCGAGAAACAAGAGACGCUGGACGGGCGGAUCGUGGUGCGCAGCCACGCGCGCGUCUCCUCGCUGACGCUCAAGGACAUCCAGUACACGGACGCGGGCGAGUACGUGUGCACGGCCAGCAACACCAUCGGCCAGGACUCGCAGGCCAUGUACCUGGAGGUGCAGUAUGCCCCCAAGCUGCAGGGCCCCGUGGCCGUGUACACCUGGGAAGGAAACCAGGUGAACAUCACCUGUGAGGUGUUUGCCUACCCCAGUGCUGUCAUCUCCUGGUUCCGGGAUGGGCAGCUCCUGCCCAGCUCCAACUACAGCAACAUCAAGAUCUACAACACCCCCUCAGCAAGCUACCUGGAGGUGACCCCGGACUCGGAGAAUGACUUUGGGAACUACAACUGCACGGCCGUGAACCGCAUCGGGCAGGAGUCCUCCGAGUUCAUCCUGGUGCAGGCAGACACGCCGUCCUCGCCCUCCAUCGGCAGGGUGGAGCCCUACUCCAGCAGUGCCCAGGUGGAGUUUGAGGAGCCCGAGGCCACGGGCGGGGUGCCCAUCCUCAGGUACAAGGCGGAGUGGAGGGCCCUGGGCGAGGGGGACUGGCACUCCAGGCUCUACGAUGCCAAGGAAGCCAACGUGGAGGGGACAGUGACCAUCACGGGGCUGAAGCCUGAGACCACCUAUGCAGUGAGGCUGUCAGCAGUCAAUGGCAAGGGCGUGGGGGAGCUCAGCCUGCCCGCCGAGUUCAAGACACAGCCAGUGCGCAUCCCUCACCCACCAGCCACACAAAGUCCUGGGGAGCAGGGGUGGGCUUUGAACCCAAAAGCGUUCAAAGAGAGCAUGUGUGUGGUGCCAAAACACAAAAAUGCACAAACUGCAACCAGCCCAGCUCCCCGUGUGCUCCUUUCCUGGCUCUGGCAGCAUUUCCAGCAAUGUUCACCUGGUUUCUCUUCUCCAGCCAGUGCUGCUGCCCCCAGCUCCCCUCCAGCAGGCACAACCCCAGCUGCCGCUGCAUCCCCGGCACCGAAAGGGGAACCCAGUGCCCCCAAGCUGGAAGGUCACAUAGGAGAGGAUGGCAACUCCAUCAAGGUGAACGUCAUCAAGCAGGACGACGGUGGCUCCCCGAUCAGGCACUACCUGAUCAAGUACAAAGCUAAGCAGUCCUCGGAGUGGAAGCCCGAGAUCCGGCUGCCGUCGGGCAGCGACCACGUGAUGCUGAAGUCCCUGGACUGGAACGCCGACUACGAGGUGUACGUGGUGGCCGAGAACCAGCAGGGCAAGUCCAAGCCUGCCCACUACGCCUUCCGCACGUCCGCGCAGCCCACGGCCAUCCCAGCGACCUUGGGAAGUCCAUCAACGUCGUCCUCCUUUGUCUCAUUGCUUCUUUCUGCAGUGACUCUGCUUUUGCUCUGUUAGAAACUUUCAAAAAAAAAAAAAAAAAUAAACAAAAAAAGAGUCAAAUAAAGCAAUAUUUGCUUGGGAAGGCCUGGGUCCCACCAAGGUGUGGAAGGAGAUAAUUUUGCUUCAGAGGAUCGUGUCAGUUCAGAGAAAAAAACAAAAAACAGAACACUUAAAAAAAAUGUUUAAUUUGAAAGAGUCAGUAUUUUGUAACAAGGAAAAAAGGUUUAAGCCAAGUUUUUUCUCUUUAACGUUCUUUUUUUUUUUGUUACUUGUAAUGAAUUUGCCCUUUUAAAUGGAUGUAAAGAAAGAUAUUUUUUUUGUGUUGUUUGCUUGCUGUUUUCAUCAAAGGAAGGUGCAAUGUUGAAAGCCUUUAAGAUCCUGCUUCUUACUGAUUUCUCUGCACAUCUGGUGCUGAUCUUGUGCAAAAGGAGGCCCCGUCCACAAACCCACAGACUGUAAAAAGAAAGAGAAGAUUUGUCAGAGACCAUCCUGCUGAUUGCCCAGAUGUCUCUGGGGGCUUUUGCAUGUGGAUUCCAGUGCCUGGAAGGUUUUCCUGCUGUGCUGCUCUGACCAUAAACAUCUGCUGGGAUCCCCUGGGGGCACUGCUGCUGCUCCUUCUCCUUGUCCCUGCCUGGCUGCUCCUGGUGGAGCUGGGCACACGCAGUGCCAGUGCUCCUCUGACCCCCCUGGAACUGCACUGUGCUGCCACACACAUCCCUUCCCUCGCUGUUCCAACAGGAAAUCUUGGCUUGGGUGGAGUUAGCUGGGCAGCAGAGUUGUUAUUACUGAUGCUUAAUCAUCUUCCUGGCUAACUGUGAGUGUGGCAGGAUUAAUGCCUGGGCUAAAUUGGUGCAGGAGAGCCAUCUUUGGUGUCAAAUUCUGGGAGUUCCCUUGGGCAAAAGUCAGAGAUUUUGGCAAAAAUUCAGAUUUUUUGCAUUGCUUCUUUGAAAAAAAAAACAGAACUUCCCACCAAAAAAAAAGCAAAACAAAAACAAAACCCUCCAAAAAAUAAAAAACCCAAACCUAAAAAACCACAAAAAACUUGAUACAACAACCCCAAUGAAUUCUUUGUGAUAGGAAAUCCAUUGGAACAGGAGAUCCAUUGGGAUGGGAGAUCCAUUGGGAUAAGAAAUCCAUUGGGAUGGGAAAUCCAUUGGGAUGGGAAAUCCAUUGGAGCAGGAAAUCCAUUGGGAUAGGAAAUCCAUUGGGACAGGAAAACCAUUGGGAUGGGAAAUCCAUUGGGAUAUAAAAUCCAUUGGGAUAUAAAAUCCAUUGGAGCAGGAAAUCCAUUGGGAUAGGAAAUCCAUUGGGACAGGAAAUCAAUUGGGACAGGAAAUCCAUUGGAGCAGGAAAUCCAUUGGGAUAGGAAAUCCAUUGGGACAGGAAAUCCAUUGGGAUAUAAAAUCCAUUGGAACAGGAAAUCCAUUGGGAUAGGAAAUCCAUUGGGAGAGGAAAUCCAUUGGGAUAGGAAAUCCAUCCCCUCUGAUGCUCUCCUAAAAUCAGGGGUCUCUCCCUUGAACUUCUGUCCAGAAUGUCUCCAGCCCUCUCAGCUGGGUGAAUUCCUGGCAGAAUUCUCACAGGGACAGACAAAAUCCUGCCCUCACUCGUGUCUGACUCUGCCUUUUCUGCUCUGCUGUGUUGGUUCAGAGCUCGUUCUUUGUGAGCUGGGAACUUUCCUGUCUGGAUUUAAAACUUGGGCCAGGUGUGUCACACACAAAAGCCUGUGGGUUUAUUUUGUUUUACAAACCCCCUCAUUUCCAGUGUUGUAGAGUGUAGACGCUUGGUCAGAGCUUUGCAGUUUGCUGAAGUGCAGCAAAAUAAUCCUGGUACUAAAAAACUGUGUGAUUUGCCCUCUAACUGGAUUAAUUGAGCUCGUUGUAGAUCUGGGAUCAGCUUUUUGUGGGUUUCCCCCCAUCCACAGAGGGAGAUCCCUGCCUGAGGCUGAGAUGUUUCUCACAAAAUCACAGUUAUUAAAAUCAUAUCUGUAACUUUG